AUGAUGACUUUACUACCAAGCAUUUUUUCCAUCCUAAUAACGACGGAAUUUAUUCUGGGAAAUUUUGCCAAUGGCUUCAUAGCGCUGGUGAACUGCGUUGACUGGGUCAAGAGACAAAAGAUGUCCUCAGCUGAUCAAAUUCUCAUGGCUCUGGCGGUCUCCAGAAUUGGUUUCCUCUGGGUAGUAUUAAUAAAUUGGUAUACAACUGUGCUUCCUCCAGUUUUAUAUAGUUUAGAAUUAAGAAUUGUUCUUCGUAUUGCCUGGGCAGUAAGCAACCAUUUUAGCAUCUGGCUUGCUACUAGCCUCAGCAUAUUUUACUUGGUCAGGAUAGCUAAUUUCUCUAGCCUUAUAUUUCUUUACCUAAAGCGGAGAGUUAAAAGUGUACUUCUCGUAAUACUGUUGGGGACUUCGGUCUUUUGGGUUUCUCAUCUUGUAGUGCUGUGCAUAGAUGAGAAUAUGAAGACUAAUGAAUAUGAAGGAAACAUCACUCAGAAGACCAAAUUGAGGGACAUUCUACGCCUUUCAAAUAUAACUCUAUUCACGCUACUAUACUUCAUACCCUUUACUCUGUCCCUGACAUCUUUUCUGCUGUUAAUCAUUUCCUUGUGGAAACAUCUCAAGAGGAUGCAGCUCAACGGCCAAGGAUCCCAAGAUCUCAGCACCAAAGUCCACAUAAGAGCUAUGCAAACUGUGGUCUCCUUUCUCUUGCUAUAUGCCAGUUACUUCCUGGCCAUAGUUAUCUCAGUUUGCACUUCUAUUAGGUUGCAGAAUGAACUGCUUCUCAUGCUUCCCGAGGGUCUCAUAAUGCUCUAUCCUUCAAGCCACUCGUUUAUCCUGAUUUGGGGAAACAAGAAGCUAAGACAGACCUUGAAAAACGUAAGAAAGAUGAUAAGAUUACCAUACCAUUAA